GAGUGAGUAAAUAAAAGGAGGAGAUAAUUGGGAAAGCAGAGAAACCCUAAUUUCACAACCAAAAGGCAAAGGAUUCAGCGGAACAAAGAGAAAGAGAUGAUGAAGAACUCGUCGGCGCAAACGAUUUUCGCGAGUGUUAGGAGAGGAUUCUCAUCAAUCGCGGAUUCCUCCGUGUCUCCGAGGGCCAAGCAUGUGUGGAAGGAGCAGGACAAAUUUGUUCUUGGUUUAGCAUUUGUGGGAGGAUGGUUCGGCAAAGCUGCAAUAAAUACUUACAAGAGAAGAGAGCAUUGCUUAAGAGUAGGCAAGUCCAUCGAGGACGAGGAAAAGCGUAUCCGUAUCCGAGGGGAAAUUCGUAAUAAGGGAAAGAAGAAGGAUGAUUGAUGUCUAGGCUACUAAUACUACCUGUGUGUUGUUCGUGGGAAACUCGAUCUAGACUUCGUUUUAUCUAUCAUCCCUGACUUAUUUGCGUAAUAAUAAUGGACGUUUGUGGUGUGUUUUAUUUUUAUUUUUAUGAUAUCUCUACUGCUACUACUUAUUUGUGUGUAAUAAUGAAAACAACAAAGAGGAUGAGAAACUCUUCUUACCUCUGCAACAUAUUUGGGUGUUUUAUCCACUGCUUAUUUGUGUAACAACGAAAAGGAACAAGAGUGAGAGCUCUCGCUUCUUCCUUCCUUAGAAUUCUUAUCCCCAGCUUUUAAAAUUCUCUUCCUUUUUGUUCAUUUUGAACUGUUAUCCAACCUUUUUACACGUUUGUAAUUAGGGUAAAAGGGUGUGCAAAAACUCUCCUCGUAAAGAAAAUGCAAAGGACCUCGAGUCGAGACCCUAAAUUCUGACCAAGAAUCUCUCCCCUGACUGACACACACAGCUUGUUAAUUUCUACAAAUGCAGUCAACAAGGCUAGAAGAGAGAAUAUCAGUGAGAGAAUGAUGUUUCUACAAGAUUUAGUUCCUGGAUGCGACAAGAUUACUGGCAAAGCAGGGAUGCUUGAUGAGAUCAUUAACUAUGUUCAGUCUCUUCAGCGACAAGUCGAGUUCUUAUCGAUGAAGCUAGCAACUGUUAGUCCAAGGCUGGAUUUCAACAUCGAUGACAUUUUUGCCAAAGAGGUUGUCUCAGCUCCCAUACCAAACACUGUGUCCGGUUAUGUUCAUUUCAAUCCAAUGCAGCAAGUGGUUACUAGUUCUGAUCCACUGUCAUGUUUCAACAAUGGUCAAUCUGCUACUAUGUGGGACUCUGAUGUGCAGAAUCUUUAUAGCAGUCUAGGUGUUUGACUAAGAACGAUCCGCGCAAAUUUAAAAAGCGUUCCUCAGUUCUAGACCAUUGUCAGGUAUAAUUUUUACUAGCAGUGAUUAUAUGGCAUAAUAAUCUUUGGCUUUAUGGUUUAUUAGGACAAGU